CGGUUCCAUGUCUCCCGGGGCUGGGUGAGGCUAAUGCAAUUGCGACGACAUUCUGGAGACACGGGAGCAAUCUCUGCAGCUGCUCGUCUGCUCAACCACCAGCAUCCUGUACAACCUUGCUCGAGAACACCACAUUAUUAUCCGGAUCCUGGUCGCUCAUAGAGGGCACAGUGGUGCACGCUUUCGUUGCUUGGUCAUCAGUUCCGCAUUCCCAGUCGCUCCGAGUUACAAUACUGCGCAGAGGUGAAUCUCGCUCCUGCCGUCAUCUGGGCGCAUGACAGUUUGUGCCGCCAAGUGGCUUGCCUAAGUGACCUGCAAAGACCGCAGUGCGGCGGAGAACAAUACUAGGUUGCCGUGUGCACACGCGCAGACUUCAGGAUUUCGCCCCCCGUCGCCGGGGCCUUCGGCUCAGCGGUACUAUCCGAUGUCAAAGGCCAAUCCCAAAAUGGCUUCAGCGACUGCGGUACCCCGACCCGCGACACCCCUCGCCAAUGGACCCCCGAGCCAGUCCGCUCACGACGCAGCCCAGGCGAACGGGCAGUCCGCCGACAGCCAUGACAACCAUGACAACCAUGACAACCGACCGGUCUCGGCGCCACCCGCCGCUGCUGCGGGGAAGAAAGGGAAACAUAAAAAGACGCCGGAGCCCACCGAAGCGUCCAAGCUCAUAGCUCAACGGAUCUCGCAGCUGGAGCUCGAUGCUGCCGGGGAGAAGGACCAGGAGGCUGAAAUUGAGCGGGAAGUCAGGAAGGCAAACAGGGAGCUGCACAGCCAGACGUCGAAGAUGAGCGAUAUCCAGAAAAUCGAACAUCUCACAAAACGCUGUUCCGACCUCCUAUCCGAGAUGAAACGGCACGAGCGCGAAAGCAUCAAGAAUAAGAAACGCGGCGACCAGCUACAAAAGGACAAAGACAACAGCAGGAACGAGCUCAACAAGACCGUGUCCCUCAAGGAGAAGCUUGAGAAGCUCUGCCGUGAGCUGCAAAAGGAAAACAACAAGCUGAAGAACGAGAACAAGACGCUCUCCGACACGCAGGUCAGAAGUCAGAACUCUUGGGACGAGAGGUACUCUGGGCUUCUCAGACGAAUGGACGACUAUCAGGAAGAAAAGGACAACCCCCGCAAGCAGGUGGUGGAUAUGGAGGUAGAGGAGCUAUUUUCCCAGCGGUUCAAGUCCUUCAUCGACCAGUACGAGCUACGAGAGUUGCAUUUCCACUCACAGAUGCGCACUAAAGAGCUCGAGGUCCAGUUCAACCUGGCCCGGUAUGAACGCGAGAAGAAGAAUUACGAGGCGGAGCUGGCGCGCUCGAGGCAGCUCAACGCACAAGUACAGACCUUCUCCAAGACGGAGGCAGACUUGCGUCAGCAACUCAACGUUUACGUCGACAAGUUCAAACAGGUCAGCCCCGUCCCCCCACACCGGUCGAGCGCACGGACUGACCGGGGGGCACAGGUCGAGGACACUCUGAAUAACAGUAACGAUUUGUUCAUGACGUUCCGCAAGGAGAUGGAAGACAUGUCCAAGAAGACGAAACGACUGGAGCGGGAGAACGAGAUCCUCAAGCGAAAGCACGACCAGGUGAACGGGAACAUCCUGAAGAUGGCGGAAGAACGAAACAAGAACCUGGCCGAGAUCGACGAACUGAAAAAGAAGCUGGAGAAACUGAACGGCAUCAUCAAGCAGAUGCAGCAGCAGGGCCGGGGCAUUCCGCAGGGGUUAACGGGCACGGUUGAGAACGGGUACGCCGAAGGAGAACUCGACGGGGACGAGAGCGAGUACGAGGACGACGAGUACGAUGAAGGCGAAGACGAUGAGGUUAGCGACGAGGGCGACGAGUACGAUGACGAGACCGAGGACGAGCUCCACCACCAGGCGCAGCCGCAACCCUACGGCCCCGAACGUCCGCCUGCGGCGCCAGUCGCGGCGACAACCAAUGGCCAUCGUUGAAUAUGGAUGGCGGUGUAGGUUGGAUCGUUGACACACUUCCUUCCAUAGCGUGAUUCAGUACAUCCUGCAAGUUCUGCCUCCAUGCAAUUCAUCGAGCUACCCCUGCUUUGGCCGUGUGCUGUGUUAUUAAAUGCACAAAACCAGCAAAUCUGUACAGACUUAUUCUUUACCCCGUGCGAGCUUACAGUAAGCAACAGGACGGUGUGGAAGCUCAUAGCUCGAUGAUCUCAUCGACCGCGAAUGGGCGUGCAGCCGAUGCAGUUAACGAGAGCCUGCUGCCAUGGAAAGUGCGGGGCAUCAGACCCACUUGGCGUCCUCGGUUCCACCUACAGUAGCACGCCCUAGUUAGCUCCCGUUAUGCAUCAAUCCAUC